AUGGCCGUGCUGCUCUUCCCUGUGCAGCUGCUGGCAGUGGCUGUCACUAUUUACCUAGAGCUGGUGAGGUCUGCUCAAGGCGGUGUCUACUAUGGGAUCAAGCAGCUGCCACCCCAGGUGCCCCAGUACCAACCCCUUGGACAACAAGUACCUCACAUGCCGCUGGGCAAGGAAGGCAUCCCAAUGCCGCACAUGGGCAAGGAGGUGCCCCACAUGUUUUUUUUAAGCCCCCCCCUGCCUCAGUACAUGAAGGAGGUCCCGCAGAUGCCUCUGCUCGGCAAGGACAUGGCUCCCAAGAAAGAGAAAGAAGUACCUGUGCGCAGUCUGAGGGGCGAGCAAGGUCCUCCCGGUGAGCCUGGACCAAGAGGGCCACCAGGGCCACCAGGAUUACCAGGUCAUGGUGUGCCAGGAGCCAAAGGAAAACCAGGCCCACAAGGAUACCCAGGAAUUGGGAAGCCGGGUUUGCCAGGGAUGCCAGGGAAACCAGGGGUCAUGGGGCCCCCAGGGCCAAGAGGGGAGAUGGGGCCGAAGGGGGAGAUUGGGCCCAUGGGGAUACCUGGGCCACAAGGACCACCAGGGCCUCACGGGCUUCCAGGCAUAGGGAAAGCAGGUCCUCCAGGGCUGCAGGGACAGCCGGGGCCAAAGGGCGAGCCCGGGAUGAAGGGGCCCCCAGGAGCCCCUGGGAUCCCAGGGCCAAAAGGGGAGAAGGGUGUUGGGAUCCCGGGUUUGCCCGGGCUGAAGGGUCCGCCUGGGCUGCCUGGCCCCCCUGGCCCCGUGGGCCUGCCAGGGGUGGGCAAGCCGGGCAUGGUCGGCUUCCCCGGCCCGCAGGGACCCCUGGGCAAACCCGGACCCCCAGGAGAGCUGGGGCUGCAGGGGCCCCCGGGGGCCCCCGGGAUCCAAGCCCCUCCCGGCCUGCCCGGUGUGGGCAAACCUGGCCAGGACGGUGUCCCCGGCCAGCCGGGGCUGCAGGGGUUUCCGGGGAAGCCAGGCUUUCCUGGGGAAGUGGGGGCCCCUGGGCUGCGGGGGCUGCCGGGCCCCACAGGGCCCAAGGGGGAGGCCGGGCAAAAAGGCUUGCCAGGGCUGCCGGGCGUCCCAGGGCUCAUGGGACCGAAGGGUGAGCCAGGGCUCCCCGGUGCCCAGGGGCUGCAGGGCCCCUCGGGCAUCCCGGGCAUCGCGGGACCCAGUGGUCCCAUCGGCCCCCCAGGGCUGCCGGGGGCAAAGGGGGAGCCCGGCCUGCCCGGACCCCCUGGCUUCCCUGGCGUGGGCAAACCUGGCGCCGCAGGGCUGCAAGGACCCCCAGGAAAGCCUGGGGCGCUUGGUCCCCCUGGUCAGCCAGGCCUUCAAGGGCCGCCAGGCCCCCCUGGGCCCCCAGGUCCCCCAGUCAUCAUCCCACCCACUCCACCGGCCGUAGGACAGUACCUGCCUGAGGUGGGGCCAGGGAUAGAGGGCGUCAAGCCCCCCUACGGCUACAUGGGUAAGAAAGGCAAGGCUGGCGGCGCUGUCUAUGAGAUGCCUGCAUUCACGGCGGAGCUCCUCACCCCCUUCCCCCGGGUUGGGGUGCCCGUGAAGUUUGACAAGCUCCUCUACAACGGCCGGCAGAACUACAACCCCCAGACGGGGAUCUUCACCUGUGAGAUCCCCGGCAUCUACUACUUCGCCUACCACGUCCACUGUAAAGGGGCCAGCGUCUGGGUGGCGUUGUUCAAGAACAACGAGCCGCUGAUGUACACCUAUGACGAGUACAAGAAGGGCUUCCUGGACCAGGCUUCAGGCAGUGCCGUUGUCCAGCUGAUGCACGGAGACAAGGUUUACGUUCAAAUGCCAUCCGAGCAGGCGGCAGGACUCUAUGCUGGGCAGUACGUUCAUUCGUCUUUUUCAGGAUAUUUAUUGUAUCCCAUGUAAAACAAAAACCAGACACACACACAUACACACAAAAUCAAAACCUUUCUUCUCUGCUUCAAACUUUUAUACCAUGAAAGAUGCAUUUUAUGACUGUUUCGGACCGUCUUGUACAAAAAAAAAAUACAAAGUUUAACAUUAUGCACAGCUAGUUAUAAAAAAAAGGUGUGGUGAACAUAUCUAAAGAUGCAUAUCAGGUUCAUAAACAGUUGUUUUGCACCCGAGGGGGACAUAUUAGCUGUACAUUAUAUAUUUCUGUGAUGCCGUGCUUACUUAAUUUCAUUCACAAUAAUUCAGUACUAAGGUUCAAAUCAGUGUACAUCACUCACUCCUGUUUUGAUUGAUCAUAGUUAUGAGAUGAAAACAGUGACUUAAACUAGAGUAGGUCUGUCUCAAAUUCUAUGGAAAAAUUUGAGCGGCUUUUUAUUUUUUUGGCUGGG